UCUGGCGUGUAUGGUUAUCCUCUUAUGCCAUGUACCAAGGUGAUUCUUGAGGCAACAAAAGAGUACUUUGAAGAAAAUCCUCAAUCACACGUUCAGAAAGUGUAUUUUCUAAGUAUUGACAUGAAAGUUUGUCAGGGAUUUGAAGCAGGCAUGGAAACAGUUUUUAAUAUCGACCAUAGUGCCAAAGAUGUCAUGCUUGAUGAAAGUGAUUCCGAUCAUGACUUUAUAGACCUCACAGAAACUGAUGACAUGCCAACUAGCAGUAACCCAGGGUUGAAGAUAAAUAAUGAUGUUAUAACUACAAAAGAAGGUUUUGAUAUAAGGCUGAUAAAGGGCAAGAUUGAAGAUUCUAAGGUUGAUGUUAUUGUUAACACAACAUCAGGAGAUCUGAACUUAAAUUCUGGAAAUGUUUCUAAAGCUCUCCUUAGAGCAGCCGGUAGACAACUUCAACAGGAAUGUGAUGCCGCUAAGGCUAACACAGGAAAAAUUCCUCUGAAAGGGUUUGUAGGGACAGGUCCUGCUGCCUUGAAGUGUCAGAAAGUUUUUCACACGUCGUCAACAAAUUAUAUUGGACAAGAAUCAAUUCAGGUGUGUUUCUAGGUGUUGUUAUGAAUGAGUAAAAUUAAUUAUUGUUUAAAUGCAUCCAUAUUGUUAUUUAUCCCCUAUUAAGGAGCCACAUU